AUGUCAUCACAACCAGAACACAAACCAAGACGAAUAGCGUUUAUUCACCCAGACCUAGGUAUUGGAGGGGCAGAAAGAUUGGUAGUUGAUGCAGCAAUUGGAUUACAAAAUUUAGGAAAUGAUGUUAUCAUAUAUACUUCACAUUGUGAUUAUACUCAUUGCUUUGAUGAAAUAAAUUCAGGUAAAUUAAAAGUUGUAGUAUAUGGAGAUUGGUUACCUACAAACAUUUACAAAAGAUUUCAUAUUUUAUUUGCAAUUUUAAGACAAUUAUGGUUGACUAUUAUGUUAAUUAUAACUGGUACAAUAAAUCAAUUUGAUUUUUUCAUAGUUGAUCAAUUAAGUUUUUGCAUUCCUUUAUUGAAUUUAUUUAGUGAACCUAAUACUAGGAUCUUAUUUUAUUGUCAUUUCCCCGAUCAACUUUUAACUAAAAGAUUAAGUUUGUUCAAAAAGAUCUAUAGAGUACCUUUUGAUUUUAUAGAAGAAUGGACAACUGGUAUAAGUGAUCAAAUAGUAGUCAAUUCAAAUUUUACAAAAAAAAUAUUCCACGAUACUUUUAAAAACUUAUCAAACGUUGAACCUGGAGUUAUAUAUCCUUGUGUGGAUACUGAAUCUACUGAAUCAAAUCCCGAAUCAAACAAAGAAGUAAUUGAAUUUUUCAAAAAUUCAAAAUAUUUUUUAUCAAUAAAUAGAUUUGAAAGAUCAAAAAAUAUAGAACUUGCAAUAAAAGCAUUUGCAAAACUGAAGAAAAUCUUACCUGGUAAACCAAGAUUAGUAAUAGCAGGUGGAUAUGAUGCAAGAGUAACUGAAAAUGUGGAAUAUUUAAAAGAAUUAACUAAAAUAUGUGAUGAUUUAAAACUUACAAAUUUCACAAUUAGAGGUAAACUUAUAAUAAUGCCUCCAUCAACUGAUGUUUUAUUUUUACCAAGUAUUAAAACUUCAUUAAAAAAUCUGUUGUUACAAAAUGCUGAAUUAUUAUUAUAUACUCCAACAAGAGAACAUUUUGGAAUCGUACCUGUGGAAAGUAUGCUUCAUAAAACUCCAGUAUUAGCAAUUAAUUUUGGUGGACCACUAGAAACUAUAAUAGAUUUCGAUGGAAAUAAUAGAAAUGAAGCCACAGGAUUCGUAGCACCAAACGAUUAUGAAAAAUGGGCUAAAAUUAUGAUCAAAUAUAAUAAUGAGACCAAAUCUGACAUUAAGCAAAAAUUAGGUGAAAAUGGUUAUAAUAGAGCUAUUGAAAAAUUUUCAAGAACUGAAACAAGUCAUGAAUUUGUCAAUAAUUUGGAACAUGCUUUAAGACAUCCAAAAAGACAAUUUAUACAUCCAAGAGUAUUUACUCUUAUGCCAAUUGUAAUUAUGACUAUUUCUUACAUCAUUUAUAGAGCAUUUUUUAGUAAUUUUUAA